GGUGCUGAACAAGCCACACUCGUUUCUCCGAUGAACUAUCACUGCCAUGCUAUGCUGCUGGGUGGAUCUCAGGAUAGCGUGCUCUACGUUUUGUGUUUCGGAGUGUAGCCGUGGAGCAGCAGACAGGAGAGAGACUCCCAGUGCCAGGCGCAGAGGCGCUCUCCAAGAAAUGGCUCUCACGCUCCAUCGGGUGCCACAUGUUUCUCUCCCGCUGCUGUCACUGCUGCGCCUCUGGCUCUUCAUGUCCGCAAGAGCGCUGCAGAUGAUUGACCAUGACGCACCUGAACUCAUCUGUAGCGAGGGUUUGACUGACUGCUACAUGAGCUCAGUCCCUCCGUACCCUGAUGAUUCAGAUGAUACAGUGGUUGUUACACAUGUGCAGCUUGAAGUGAUUCUGUGCUGUUCAGCCACACAUGACAACUGUGAACCUUGCCUGCAAAUCAACAUCACAGUCCAAGAAGUGGAUAAUGCAAUGGAGGUUUCUGAGGAAUCUGGUGACCAUACUGAUGAAGAGGAGUUCACUGAGCCAAAAGCUUGGGUGAAAAUGUGUGUCAGCUCCCCAGACUUUCUUUGGAAUUAUUGCAAGAAACUCCAGUUUAGAUCAAGCUUCUCCGGUUCUGACCAGAAUUCUUCUCAACAGCCCACACAUAAGCUGCUGUUGACAGAAAAAGUGUCAUUUGGCAGUCCUGUUGUGGUUGAGGUCUAUUCAAAGAGAACAUACAACAUUCAAAAUAUCACAAUCCCAUCUUCAGAAGAAGUUUGCUCCAUGAACCUAAAAGGGACAGUAAAGGAAUGUGCUCCCAGACUCCGAUCUGUGACUGAUCAUGAGAGAAAUGUGGUCCUCGUCCAACUGGAAAACAACGAUACCAGAGAAGACGAGCUCAUGUGGAGGAUGGUUUGGAAUGACAUAUCUGGAGAGGGUCAUCCGUGGCCCAAAGGCAGGAGAGAAAUGGCCAUUUCGUUAAACUUUGUUGCACCAUGCCUGUGCUUCCAGGUAUGGCGAAAGGGAAAGACGCUUCGUGGGGAAUUCUGCCCUUUCAAAAAUGAAAAAUAUGCACUGGAAAGAAUGCAGCACAACGUGUCUGUGUCUGUGAAGGAGUCUCCGAUGAGGGAGGAUGACGUAGGGCUGAUCUGGAAUGUGACUGCCCCCUGCAGGCUGGAGGCAGAGGUGAGGCUGUGCAAGAAAGACCUGGCAGGAGGCCAGUGUGAAGAGGUGACGGGCUCCAGACAGAUACUCCACAAACAUGCUGGCUGGAUUGCAACACGCAGUGGACAUUGGAAAACAGGAGAGUUCAAUGGGUCGUCACAUCCUCUGAUUUGUGUUCAGAUAAAGCUACAUGGGAUGGAGUUAUACUUAGAGCCCCAGUGUCCAUUUGCAACACCUCGAUGGAGAUGGAGCCUGCCAUUCCUCAUUGGACUACUACUGAUGUGUUUGGCCAUAAUAGGAGCCUAUCUUAUACAAGGGGUCCUUAAAGGCUACAUGUGGAGAUGGUUGAAAGAAGAUGAUGUUAAAGGAGCUGUGGGUGGUGGUCAUGUUGUGUUGCUGUAUCCAUCUGAUGACAACCAGGCUUUGCCAGAGCUGAUGAAUUACCUGGGCUCGUCCCUCCAAGGCCUCGGCUUCAGUGUGUCUCUUGACCUGUGGAGCCAGGCCGAGCUUAGUGUACUGGGCCCCGUGCCAUGGCUCCACUCAAGACUGAACCGACUGCAAAAGCAGGGGGGCAAAGUGGUGUUGGUCCUAACCCAGGCUGCCUGGAUAAGGGCUGAAGAAUGGGGAGCCCGGAGCUGGGAAAGAAACACUCCCAAGGAGAGGAACAGGGUCAUGGAGGAAGAGGAGGCAGAAAGACUCUACACUGCUUCUUCUCCCUGUGUAGAUGUUUUUACUGCUUCAUUGAGCUGUGUUCUAGCAGACUAUUUACAGGGCCGCGCUGGUGAGCGGUUUAUGUUGGUGCAGUUUGAAUCACUUCCACCUGAGCCUCCGGGUGGUUUCCGGCCGCUGCCAGAACUUUUCCGCGGCCUUCAUGUCUACAGCCUCCCGUCCCAGAGCCUGGGUUUUCUGACUGAACUGGCUGGGUCUCGGCAAAUGGCUACCGCAUCAGCCAGACGGAAAAGAGCAGGGGGGCUCAGACUGGCAUCCCGAGCUCUGGCACGAGGGCUGUCAGGGUUUACAGCAGGGACAACUUUAUUACGCCUUGCAGGAGUGUCCCAGAGUUGUGUUGGGGUAGGAGUAGAAGACUCUGGGGAAACGGUGCCCUUGCAGCCUUGUAUUAUCACACCUCCCUCCAGCCCUGACUCAAACCCCAAGGUCAGUGAAAUGGAAUGGGUUUAACAGCAGGAGAGGAUGACACAAGACCAAGCUUAAGUUUUGGGAUGAACAGCCAGUAUUGAGUUGAAGUGACACUCUGGGAGAUGUUCAGAUACAUCCAUAUCAGUUUGCAGCUUUUGAAUUUGCUGAUCUAAACAUUUAGCGACUAGUGGCUGUUGAAACAGGGGUGACGUGUUUUGCGAGUGGAAAGAGUAUUUCCUUCAUUAAAAAAAAAACUGGGUUGUUAUAGCUUGAGCUCUUGCUGCUCCAUAUAAAUAAAAGUGCACAACGUUAAAACCUCACACUACUUAAGUAAGUUCAAGGAAAAAUACAUCAGUUGAUUGGCUACGCAGUUUGGUCACUUCACAGUGGCCUGUGAUGAAUAUAUUUCAUAAACAUACCAAAAUUACACUUAAAUGCAAGAAUCUCAAUGAAGCAAAUUGCUCCAUUGUGUUUUUCUUGACAUCAUUUUUCAGUCUUAAACUAACUUACUGUGUGUUUGACAUAUUUACUAGUAUUCGACAUUCUGCAUGCACUUAUAGGCUAUUGCAUAUGAAAGCCUUGACUUGAAGAAUUGUUUUUUAACAGCUAUUUCCAUUCUCUUUAAACAUAUUCAAUUGCUUUAUUCAUGCGUGGUGAGUCUAUUUUAUACUAUGUUUUGUCCUACUGUAAGUGUGAUUUGAAUAAAGAAUCUGUCUGAAUAA